GAGGCGAGAGAGCGAGCGCUUUGGCCGGGCUGGAAAAGCGACGAAAAACGGCGUUCUGGAUUUGACAUUUUGACAACGCCUCACGGACGAGGUUAAACGUCGGGGAAAUUAACAACCGGAGCCGUUUUUAACAGUCGUCUUCGGUUUAUUUAGUAGAGUCGCGAGCUAAGCGAGCGAGCUGGCUAGCUAAGUUAGCAUGGCACCGAGCUAGCUAAACUUUUAGCUACUUCGCGAGCGCAGUCGCGAGACAUUCUUGUCACGAGCUAAAUAAAUAAAUAAAUAAAUAUACAAUAAUGGUCCGCUGUAUUCAUUGUUCAAGCUAGUUGAGUCGAAUAUCCGGACGUCCUCCGAACAGGCUACCGUGUACAGCGAGCUAGCUCCGUCGUUCUGUCAGGGGCAAGCCGCGAGGAGUGACCGCGAGCCCGCGGUCGAGUCGCGGGGAGACCGUAGAGCCCCUGAAGCCCGGGGCGGCCCCUCGCACCGUGACUAACGCCAUUUCUUACCGCGUUUCUGGACGAGAAUCUUCACAGAUAGCACAUUUGGAGUAUACACGGGAUUUUCCUUGGAUUUUUUUUUGCCUCCUUUUCUUUCUCACGGAAAGCCGGAGUUUUCUUCUUCUGUGAGCCGGGGAAGGAACCGGACAGAGAGCCUCAUGAAUGGAAAUCGGAACUUCAGGAGUCGUUGGGGCCCAGUCCCUAUUCUCCAUGCCCCGGAGGCCUGGCUAUGGCACCAUGGGGAAGCCCAUCAAGCUGCUGGCCAACUGCUUCCAGGUGGAGAUCCCCAAGAUGGAUGUCUACCUCUACGAGGUGGACAUUAAACCUGAGAAGUGCCCACGCAGAGUGAACAGAGAGGUGGUGGACUCCAUGGUACAGCAUUUUAAGGUGACCAUUUUCGGGGAUCGCCGGCCAGUCUACGAUGGAAAGAGAAGCCUAUACACAGCAAACCCGCUUCCUGUGGCCCCUGCAGGGGUCGACCUGGAUGUCACGCUGCCAGGAGAAGGGGGCAAAGACAGGCCUUUUAAAGUCACCAUAAAGUUUGUAUCUCUGGUCAGCUGGCACCUGCUGCAUGAGGUGCUGACCGGGCGCAGCAUGCCUGAGCCACUGGAGCUGGACAAGCCUAUCAGCACCAAUCCGGUGCAUGCCGUAGAUGUGGUGCUCAGACACCUGCCCUCCAUGAAAUACACUCCAGUGGGCCGUUCGUUCUUCUCCGCUCCGGAGGGCUAUGACCAUCCCCUGGGAGGAGGAAGAGAGGUGUGGUUCGGCUUCCAUCAGUCUGUUCGCCCUGCCAUGUGGAAGAUGAUGCUUAACAUUGAUGUGUCAGCCACGGCCUUUUAUAAAGCACAGCCGGUCAUCCAGUUCAUGUGUGAGGUCCUGGACAUCCACAACAUUGACGAGCAGCCCCGUCCUCUCACUGAUUCUCACCGAGUCAAGUUCACCAAAGAAAUCAAAGGUCUUAAGGUGGAGGUGACGCACUGUGGAACCAUGCGGAGGAAGUACCGAGUCUGUAACGUGACCCGAAGACCUGCCAGCCAUCAAACGUUCCCCUUACAGUUGGAAAAUGGACAAACGGUAGAACGGACCGUCGCUCAGUAUUUCAGAGAAAAGUACAACCUGCAGCUGAAGUACCCUCACCUGCCGUGUCUGCAGGUCGGCCAGGAGCAGAAACACACCUACCUGCCCUUGGAGGUGUGUAACAUCGUAGCAGGGCAGAGAUGCAUCAAAAAACUGACCGAUAAUCAGACGUCCACUAUGAUCAAAGCCACAGCACGCUCAGCACCGGACCGGCAGGAGGAGAUCAGCAGACUGGUACGCAGUGCCAACUAUGAAGCCGACCCGUUCGUUCAGGAGUUCCAGUUCAAAGUGCGGGACGAGAUGGCUCACGUGACGGGCCGUGUGUUGCCCGCGCCCAUGCUGCAGUACGGGGGCAGGGUGAGCUCAGAGAACUUUCUGAACCGGACCGUUGCCACACCCAGUCACGGUGUGUGGGACAUGCGAGGAAAGCAGUUUCACACCGGUGUAGAGAUCAAGAUGUGGGCCAUCGCAUGCUUUGCCACACAGAGGCAGUGCCGCGAAGAGAUCCUCAAAGGGUUCACAGAUCAGCUACGCAAGAUCUCGAAAGAUGCCGGGAUGCCCAUUCAGGGUCAGCCAUGUUUCUGUAAAUACGCCCAGGGAGCCGACAGCGUGGAGCCCAUGUUCAGACACCUUAAGAACACCUACUCCGGUCUGCAGCUCAUCAUCGUCAUCCUGCCCGGGAAGACACCUGUCUAUGCGGAGGUUAAGCGUGUAGGAGACACUCUCCUAGGAAUGGCCACUCAGUGUGUUCAGGUGAAGAAUGUUGUGAAGACGUCACCGCAGACCCUCUCCAACCUCUGCCUGAAGAUCAACGUCAAACUCGGCGGCAUAAACAACAUCCUGGUACCACAUCAAAGGCCGUCAGUGUUCCAGCAGCCUGUGAUCUUCCUGGGAGCAGAUGUCACACACCCUCCUGCUGGAGAUGGCAAAAAACCGUCCAUCGCUGCGGUGGUAGGCAGUAUGGACGCCCACCCCAGUCGGUACUGUGCCACAGUGCGGGUGCAGAGGCCGCGGCAGGAAGUGAUCCAGGACUUGGCCUCCAUGGUACGCGAGCUCCUCAUCCAGUUCUACAAGUCCACUCGAUACAAACCCACCCGCAUCAUCUUCUACAGGGACGGUGUGUCCGAGGGCCAGUUCAGACAGGUGCUGUAUUAUGAAUUGCUGGCUAUCAGGGAGGCCUGCAUCAGCCUGGAGAAAGAGUACCAGCCCGGCAUCACCUACAUUGUGGUGCAGAAACGGCACCACACCCGACUGUUCUGUGCCGACCGCAAUGAGAGGGUGGGCCGCAGCGGAAACAUUCCUGCUGGUACGACUGUUGACACAGACAUCACACACCCUUAUGAGUUCGACUUUUACCUCUGCAGCCAUGCUGGAAUCCAGGGCACAAGUCGCCCCUCUCACUACCACGUGCUGUGGGACGACAACUGCUUCACAGCCGACGAGUUCCAGCUGCUCACCUACCAGCUGUGCCACACAUACGUGCGCUGCACACGUUCCGUCUCCAUCCCCGCACCUGCCUACUAUGCCCACCUGGUGGCCUUCCGUGCCCGCUACCACCUGGUGGACAAAGAGCACGACAGUGCCGAGGGAAGCCACGUCUCGGGUCAGAGUAACGGCCGAGACCCCCAGGCUCUGGCCAAAGCUGUGCAGAUUCACCAUGACACCCUGAGGACCAUGUAUUUCGCCUGAGAGCCCUGAUUCAUCCCACUCGCUCGCCCACACACCUCCUCCUAAAAGCGGACCGGACACUGUGCAGCAGGAAGCGGGGGUGGGGUGUUUUGUGGGGGUCUCGCCAAUCCCAAAUCCGGCCUGAGAGUGCACACCUGCUUUAAUCCAACGCCCAAACUCAGCACUGUUAUGCAAUAUUAAACCAGCCAACCACGUUUUAUUUAUUUUUCGGAUUAAGGUGACCCUUACACCAAACGAAAGGGAGUUCUCCCCCCCUCCCCCGUCUGUCUGCUUGAUUUGUUUACCUCAAGGUUGUAACAGCAGCACUUUGACCGCCCAGUUUUGUUUUGUUUUUUUUCUUCUUCGCAGAAUGACAUCUAGGAAAGCCGAAAGAAGUUAGGAAAGAGUUAGAGUUCGUCUUCUGCCAGAUGGACGAGUGUCAGUUGUUAUGAAUUAUACAUUAGGAAUAUCUCAAAAAAAUUCACACACAAGCUCUAAUUAUAAGUGCCACCCAUUAGGGCCAGAUCUUAUUACAAACUGCUUUUUUUUUUUUUCUUCUUCUUCUUCUUAGAACUUCUUCACUUGUUUCCCUCGGGCUUCAUGCCGAUGUUAGUCCUCUCGUGGUGGUCCGGAUCACUAAGCUUUUAUUUACUACAGUGCGAAGUGAUCUUAUUUUUAAUGUUUAUGUGUAUAAAAUUGUAGAAUUUUUUUUUUUUUUUUUUUUUGGUUUUAUUUCAGUUUCUCCCAGUAUUUAUUUACCUGUUUUUAGAUGAAUUUGGAUUUUUUUUUCCCCAGCUUUCUUUCUUUCUGUUUUACAAAAAAAAAAACCAAGUAGAGGCCAUGUUAAAGGAGAGAUUGUGAUAUAUUCCGGUUUUAGUGCAAUAACCGAUCAGCUCCUAUGUAGGGUACAGUUUUCUGGAUCAUGUGAGAAUAGAAAUAGGGUUAAGGAUGUGAGAUGACGGCAUCAGCACUCUGUAUAUCAAUACGAGAUGGAGGGUUGGACAUAAGAUGGAAACGUGUAUGUUUUGGCACUUUUACAGUUGCAUAUAUAUAUAUAUAUAUAUAUAUAUAUAUAUAUAUAUAUAUAUAUAUAUAUAUAUAUAUAUAUAUAUAUAUAUAUAUAUAUAUAUAUAUAUAUAUAUCUCAGCUAAAUUUAUAUAUAAUUGCUAAUACAAUAAUAGAUCUCUUUGGUGAGGGUUCAAAAUCAAGUGCCUGGUUUUAGAAAAGGAAUAUUUUCUAGGAGGUUGUUAUUAUUUUUUUUUAUUUUUUUGGCUAAUGAAAGAUUUUAAGAAAACGGUUAAUGCAGUGCAUUAAGAUGCCCAAGUGUGCAGUUUCACUGGAGAGAUUUUUAUUUUAUUUUUAUUUUAUUUUUAUUUUAUUUUUAUUUUAUUUUUAAAGAAAGGCUUAGAGGUCACAAAUUUUAUUCGAUUGCAGAAAGCCAUGAUCUGUACUUCUGUUUUGUGAUGGAAUAAUGUUAAUGAAUUUCUUUCACUGAUCAGUAUUGCGUGGCCUUUAGGUCGUCUUCGGAUUCAGUGCGAGUCCUUCGUGUAACUCUCCCAGCUUUUUAUCCUGCACAGCAGAAACGUCUUAUACCAUCGUCUGCCAAUUCUGAUCAGGAUCUAGCUGCUAUUGUACAGGUUCCUUUGACGAGACUGACGGUGUGCUUCAGCUUCCUUUAAGGACGAGAGUGAGCGAGGUGAUGCAGCAGCACAUGUGGUGUAACUGUGUGUGUGUGUGUGUGUGUGUGUGUGUGUGUGUGCGCGCGCGUGUGUGUGCGCGCUUCUUCACCAGAAGGCCAGUAGAGGGCAGUGUGGAGUUGUACAAGCAGGCUCUCUUGCUCCUUCUGAAGCACAUCCCGUUUUGUAAGCGAGGGGACAGUAACUGCACUAAUUGAAGCUGAAUAAAGCUUGGUGCUAUACUGUGCAUCGUGUAUGAUGCACACUACAGAGAUUUUGACGUGAGGGUGGGAACAUGGAGCGUGCAAAUGGUGCUGGCUACAUAUCUUUCUGUUAGAAAAAGACCUUUGGGUUGCGUUUGAUGAAGAGGGCAGAUGUGGUACCCAUGAUGCCUAAACCUCAAACCAGUUCACGUCAUGCUAAAUGGUCCCUGAUGGCUUUUUAUCAGUUUUAUUACAUACUGGAAAAAUCCAACUUCUUUUCCAAUCCAGAGCUGACUUAUUUAUAACUAUUUUUGUUUUUAAAUUAUUUCAUAGACAAAAAAAAAAAAUGUACUGACUUUCUGAUGUUACUAAAUACUAUAGACAGUGGUAAUGGUGCAAGAUUAUCUUAUGUAGAGAUUAAGAAUGUGCUUUUUUUUUUUUUUUUUAAAGACUGUACUUUGUGUUCGAAGCAUCUUCUGAGCAGAGUUUUAGUGCAUGUGCUAAAGUUGAGCAUCACAGUGAGCUUGAAAUGUGUCCCCAUCAAAUCAGGUGGUACAGCGUAGUGUCUAAAGUUGAUACCAAUUCCAUUUCUCAUGUUCUGAUAUUCUGGUACCAGUACCAAGUACCGAAGCCUGCUCAGAGCGAGCUUCCGUCGCCCAAGUUAACACGAAUCGUCCCGAGCAUGUCGACGAUGUGCUUUGAGGACAAUUUUUAAUACACAAAGAUCUGUGGUGGUGGUGUAUAUUUCGACACCUCACGUUCACGGCACGAAAGACAUCGCCGUAUCGGAUAAUCAGUCAGUUUAAAAAACCUGGUCCAGUGCUGAGGUCAAUGCUGUGAUGAUGAGUAUGUCUUUUAAAUAAUGGAACCACUAUCGGAGUUAUUCUGGUCGAUCAUCGGUUUUGUCCCACCUUCAACAAUGUAGAGUCUUUAUAAAUUCCUGUUUUAGGAACGUUCUGGUAGCAGAUGUUAUGAAUAAAGCUGUGUAGCAUGUUGGACCGGAUGGUGCUUAGCGUGUAGCAGUUGUAUUUCACCUCAUGAGUAUUCUCAGAGUCGCGCCAUUUUUAAAAAAAAAAAUUUUCUGACGUCCUGCUAUCCAUUCGUGAGGACUGAAGUCGGCUCGAAGCGCAAAUCUCCAAACUCGUAGGCCUUCUUCCCCUUUUCAGUGUUUCAGUGUAAAAGCGUGUGGAGCCAAAAGAGGUUAAAGUCCUUAGAAAGUGCCUUUCCUCAUGACGGUGCUGAAGAAAUCCGAACUUAAGUGACAGAUCAAACCGUUUUCUUUAUCUUACCUUGCACACGUGCAGACGCAUGCACAAGCUUACGUUCACACAUUUUUCAUCUAAGGAACGAGGCUAAGUCAAGUCUCUGUUUAUAUUCAUAAUAUAUGCCAAGUGUGUGUGUAUAUAUAUAUAUAUAUAUAUAUAUAUAUAUAUAUAUAUAUAUAUAUAUAUAUAUAUAUCUCUUAAAAAAAGGUUUAUGAUUGAGCUCUGGGGUUUUUUUUUUUUUUCCAGUCAGGACCAUGGGGCAAUUGGUACACAGCCUGACAGAGAGAAAAGCCUAGCACAGCACUUUAAAGACUGCCACCCAAACAGGAAGUAACAACUGACUUGCUUUCUAAUUGUUUGGGGUUUAUGUUUUUUUACAAAAAAAAAAUCUUCUAAGCAUAUAGGCAUGUGCCAGUCGAAAUGUAUCAUCCCUAUCCCCGAACAACCCGUUCAGGAUGAUGUUGCCUUGAUAGGUGGAUUUUAACGGACAACGUUUGCACUCUGAAGGUUGUGCAGUCUCACUCAUUUAAUGCCUGGAAAUUAGAACAGGACUGCUCAGCAGCUCCUUUUAAGGAGGCAUGUGUAGUUUAGAAAUCUUCAGAGGUCUCCCAAAGCGAUUCUUAAUUACAUCCUGUCUGAUGAAACUUGCCUGGUCGACAGUCGAGAUUUGGCAUUACACUUGGCUCCCCGCUGGUUUGAGGUCAUUUCAGGUGGCUCGGUCACCGCCCGUGCAAUGCCCUAUAGAAAGUACUUACAGAUAUAUCAUACGAGUCUAUUUUAUUACCUUCACUUUCGACCUGGAGUAUUAGGGUCAAGAAUUAGAGACCCCUCAGGCGCUUUGUCGGUCACAUGGGUGCCUGUCGGUCCAGGAGGGGGGAAAAAAAAUAAAAAAUACCUCUUACAUACAAGAGAUCUCGAAAAACACUGCACCUCACUGACCUUGGUAUGCUGCAAAUGUACAACUAAACGAGUUAAACUGCAAACAUUGCUUUUGAUUACAGUAUCAGUGCUAGAUUUAAAUGCCUGACCAUUUAUCCUUAACUAUUUGAGUAGAUGUAAUUGUAAGAAGUGUUCUUUUUUUGUGUGUGUGUGUGUGUGUGUGUGUGUCUCUUUAACACUUCUUUCUGUUUAUUGAGCCAACUUUUCAUUAUUAUUAUUUUUUUUUGUCUUAUUUAAUUUUUUUUUCUUUUAAUAUAUUCGAAAUAUAUAUGCGAAAUAUUUUAUGGUGUAUUUAUUAAAAAGCGUUCUAAAGUGCGGCUGGAGUGACCGCAUAGCGGGCGGCGUUACGGAGGGGGCGAGGGAAGGAGGAAAAGGGGCAGCAAGAGGGCGCCACAUCACCCCCAAAAAAUAAAAACCCAAACAGUCCUCACUCUUCCGUUAGACGAGAGCCCUUCAGAUCCGAAAGAGCCGAUUUCUGUUUUAUUUAAAAAAAAAAAAACCAGGCUGAUUUGUAAAAUUGUCUGAUGUCCAGAUCAGUGCUGGUGUAGGAUCCGGUGGACAGUCUUUUUAAAAACGCUGAAAAACGCCAGUCAGAAGUGUGCUGAUUAUCAGUUAUACAAUAUACCACAAUCUUCACACUUGCAGUAUUAUUAUUAUUGUUAUUAUUAUUAUUGGACUGCUAAAGACAUUACCCCUAUCUCUGUGCUUUAUCUAGAAGGCUUCCUCAUUUUGGACAGAAAUGACAAGGCAAUCCCACCAUUCUGAAUAAUAUAGCAGCUUUUUAUAGACAAAAUGAGCACCGUUCUGGUACAAUUAUUAUAAUUUGCAAACGUUUAAAAAUACUGAGGCCGUCCUCAGGACUGGAUUUUGCAGACAACGAGGGCGAUGGAAGACGUGAUGAUGUGUUCAGGCGUAUUUCCAGUAUCUUCAAGAUACUGUUUCCAUCUGAACGUUGAUCAUUUCCCCAUCCUGAAUUGUUUUAUUCUUCAUAUCCCACAGCAAAUCGCCAACAGUUGCAGCGUUCCAUAUAUGAAAGAAUGCCACAUCGUAUUUUUUUUAGCCGUUUAUAGUUAGUUCCACGUCAAAUGUUUGCAAAAGGAAAUUCAUGCGUCCUUCUUCCUUCAUAUUCUUUCCCACAAAAUAAACAAGGCAAAAACAUGCAGCUUGUUAUGUAAUUGAGAAACCAAACCUCAUGCCAUGCCUAUACUUGCUCACUGUAACAACAGAGCUAACACUGCAUUGUGCACAUUGUUUUAUGUGCCAGAAGUGACCAGAAUUCUGGGAGUGCCUUGUUUUGUUUUUUGUUAUGCCCCCAUGCCACCUUCUGAAGAACAUCUGACCGCAUUUCUGAGAAUUUCACUUUUGCUGGUUGCAGUAUAUUGUGUAACUGAUCAUCAGUUAUAACUUCUCUGAUGCAAAGGAAAAGAAAGCUGCUCCGCCUCGAUCCUCUCCGAACGCUGCUUGGUUUCUGUUUGGGGGGGGGGUCAGAGAACCACACUGACGAUACAAUAUACACAAAGCUGACGUGUUUCAAAUCCAGAGCUGCUAAACUCCAGCCAUAGAAGUUUCCCCCUGCUUUUGGAGGCAGGGACGUUCGUAGUCGUGUGCUCGAGUUUGAGUUAGUCUUUUGUGCCAGAGCCAUUUGAGAAGAGAGCAGGAACGUUAAAAUACGAGUCCCAUUCCACUCGGAUGACAUGAGCCUCAGCCUUAACUGUUGUCGGGUUUUUAUCUUCCUUUUCUUUCUGGUUUCUGUUUAUUAAAUGCCUUAGUUUGUAUAGAGAAGUAUGCUAACUCGCAGUUGCGUCUUAUUAACAAAAAAAAACAAAAAAACCA